UGCUUCUCUGUCUGACUUUUCCUCCAGGCCUUUCCUCCCAGGCUUCAUGCCACUGUGUGUCCAAGUCCUCCCUCUCUCCUUCUGCAGCCUCUCCCCGCCUUUCUUCCCUGGCCUCUGCCUGCUGGUCUGGGGCCAGGGGGAUCCCAGACCCAGCUCUCCACGAUUCCCUCUUCUGGGCCAGGACGGGGCGGGCCCCCGGAACUGUGGCCAAUGGAGGUGGGGCUCUAGGAGGUGGAGCCCCCGCUGCAGGCUCACCGUCCAGGCGGCGGCUAGAGCUGGGUGGCUUUUUGAGGAGGCCCAGCCCCCUGCCUCCCCUCCCUCCCCCCAGGUAUAAGAGCUGAGCUCAGGUGAGCUGGCUCCUUCAGUCCUGUCUCAGCGGCUGCCAGCGGAUCAUGAGCCAUCAGCUCCUCUGGGGCUGGCUGUAGGACGACAAAACUCUCACCACAGGACCAAGCGUGUCGAGCACCAUGGGACAGUGUCGGUCAGCCAAUGCUGAGGAUGCCCAGGAAUUCAGUGAUGUGGAAAAGGCCAUUGAGACCCUGAUCAAGAAUUUCCACCAGUAUUCGGUGGAGGGUGGGAAGGAGACGCUGACUCCCUCCGAGCUCCGGGACCUGGUCACCCAGCAGCUGCCGCACCUCAUGCCGAGCAACUGUGGGCUGGAAGAGAAAAUCGCCAACUUGGGCAACUGUAACGACUCUAAACUGGAGUUUGGGAGCUUCUGGGAGCUGAUUGGAGAAGCAGCCAAGAGUGUGAAGCUGGAGAAUGCUGUCCAGGGGAGCUGAAAACCUUCCCCUGGAAUUCUGGAUGGGUUGGGUGGGAUGCUGGGGAAAGGGGACCUUAAACACCUCUCUCCACCACCCCUACACUAUUCCCCAGCCCUACCUGCCUCACCUCUGCAGGGUUCAGGUUCAUAAUGGCCCUUCUGGGGCCUCUGUGUACCCCAUCCCUGUGGAGCUUAUGGAUCCAGGGGUCCCCACCAAGGGGGAGGCUUGGGGAGCCGUUGGGGCCUGGGACAUAUAUGGAAGGCUGCUGGAGGCUUGAGGAUGGUGUAAGGGCCACGUCAUUUAGUAGUGGGGAAGGGCAGAGAGGAGCUGAGCUGUGGGAAAUGAUUUGGAGGGGGUGGCAAUAGGGAUGGACAUUUGGUACCAAGAAGGGUCUCUAUGAAACUACCCCUCCUAAUCUCUUCCCCAACCCAAACUGUCCAGUGCUGUCCCUUCCUGUCCCAGUUCUGCCUCAGCCUCCUCUCAGGACUCUGUCUCCCCGGCUUAGGGCAGGGGAAGAGAGACAGAGCAGGGUCGGGGAGAGGCUGAGGAGGGUGCCUUUUGGGAGUGAGAGGACCAGCUGGGUGCUUGGGCAUUUACAGGAUGAUGGUUGUUUUGUAUCAUUUGAUUAAUAAAAAAAAUGGAAAAAAAUGAAA